CAAUUUCGAUUUUGUGCGAUUUUCAGACAGGGCUUUCUAUGUUUCGUUUCCAACACUAGUAAUUCGACUGUCUACCAAUAAUAAUAAAAGAAAACAUCGGUCGGGUCUAAUUGGCCACAAAAAUAAUCAAAUUGAUAACAGUAUAACGUGAAACAAAUUGGUGGAGACAGUUAUACACAUCCACACAUAUUGGUAGUCCCGUCAGUUAAGCGAAGUGAAAAUGAAUCUGCAAGCAACAAAUGGCAAUAUUUGCAAGCAGAUAUGAAAGAAAACUACCGUUAGAUGAUACCGAGGCAAUAAGCUGCGAAAUCGCAACAGUCGAGCAGGUCGACGGUCAUACGGAAUACCUGCUGCGCGUGCAGAGAGGUGAUAGCUCCUGGAAUGUUCUUCGCCGCUACAAUGAAUUUAGCAAUCUGCACAAAUGUCUUCGUAUCUCUGGCAUUGAAUUGCCGUUGCCUGGCAAACGCAUUUUUGGUAAUAUGCGACCGGACUUCAUAGCUGAACGGAAAGAAGCAUUACAAGUUUACAUAAACACAAUACUAAUGAAUCCCAUUUUGGCAUCAUCGCUGCCAGCCAAGCGCUUCGUUGAUCCCGAAAGCUACUCGCAAUCAUUCCAUGACCAUGCAGUGCAAAAUGCUUUGCUCUGCCUGCGCAACGACACGGUAUGGGCCCUGGGGGCCACCAUGGGUGCCAUAGGCUGGCGGCUGCGCAAGCAUUACUUUAAAGUUACCACCAAGCCGCCAGAGAAAGGCAGCAACAAGUUGGUUAAGAGUGGGUCACAGAAUCAGCAAAGCAAGCAUUUUGCUGCCGGCAGCAAUGGUGGUGGCCAUUCGGUUUCUAUAGAUGCAGGGACAGUAGAUCCCAAUGCAGAAAUGGUAGCCGAGUGGCUGGAAUAUGGACCAGACAAGUACGUCGAUGAGAAAGAAAUGCAUGGCGUACUGAAGAGUCUAAUGGGUCUUUACCAUCCGCACAUUGAGUCCGUUGUAUUCGCUGCGAACACAGAGAACGGUUGCUUAAUCAUCAGAAAAUUUCAUAAGCAUGGUACUCUAAAGGAUGUGCUUUGCAUGGCCACGCCAAAGAAUCCGUUUUUGAGCAAGUACGGCAAUCCCAAAGGACGCACAGCACUCUCGAUGAAGCAAGUGGCUACCUAUGGCAAACAAAUCUUAGAAGCUCUUAUAUUCCUGCACUCAAAGGGCUAUGCUUGUGGUCACUUACAUUCGGGAAAUAUUGUCAUUGUGGAUGACUGUGUGAAGCUGUUGGACAUCGAGAACCACUUACUGGGUGUGCCGGCUUUUUAUCGCCCAUUUUUCGUGCAGCACAGCAAAAUUCAUACGAUUGAGACAAUUGACGUUUACUGCUUUGGCCAUGUUCUAUUCGAAAUGGCUAUGGGCUAUCCCCUGCAGGAGUCCGUUGUACGUCAAAUAACCGAGUGCCCUGAAGCGUUAAAAUCUUUGUUGGAAAGCAUACUAUCGAAGGAAGCAUGCAAGGCUGGCCUGCCAACGCUGGAUCAAUUGAUAGAUCACCGAUUUUUUACGCAAUAUGCAACAGAGAGUGCAGCCACAUCUGAAAAGCCACAUUUCAAGUUGUCUUUGAAUGCAAAGGAGCUGCUCAGGCAGGCGGCAGUUAAAAGCGAGACUCGUUUGCGUGAUGAGCAAAAGUCGGUAAAGAACCAAAAGCGUAUUGUACGCGUGCAGGAGCUAAUGAGUUCCGAGGAGGAGAAGCGCAAAUCAAAGCAAAAAGCAAAAUUAGAGCACAAGCAAUCGAAGCUAAAGCAACAGGGCUCGCUCCAAACAAGCAAUGGACGCUUGUCGCUGGCGGCCGUGACAGCUGCAUCGAGCAGCACAGUUGCUGUCGGUGGUGGGCUAAGCACAGCAGAUUCAUUCAACCGCUCUGACAGCACACCCGAAGAACCCACUCUGGCUGGCCUCAAAUCACUCAUGCCGGCAUCGCAGUCGCCACACCAGGAGAUGCCAGCGAGCACCUCUGUUGCCGUGGAGAGGCAGACAUCGACUCCGAAUAUUGCAUCAGAGGAUGUUGAUGCUGGCGAAGAUGAGCCGACGCGUUCAGCGUUGCUCGAGUCAAUUUGCAAAUUUAACCGUGGCUCCCUGCGCAAAGUACGUUCGAAUGAUUAGGCAGAACGCAAAGAAUUUUACAUAUUUACAUUUUGGACCAAAUGUGGCGUUAUGAAAUAACGGUUCCAUAAUAUUAAAUGCAACAAAAAAGAAAACGGAAGAACAAAUCAAUUGAGAAUAACCAAAAAAAAGCAUAGAUACAUAUAACAAUACAUAUUCGUAAACUAUUUAUUGGGCUACUUAAAAAAAAAAA